ACAAAUACUACUACAACAUCUCCCUUUUUGUCAUCAGCAUCUGAUCCAAUCAAUCCUCAGGCAGCUGAACAAAAAAUGGCUUCUCUCAAACAUUACUUCCCAUAUUUUCCCUUGCCACCCCCCAAUCCAAUGCCUCCAUUUCCAAAACCAACACCCCCUCCACCUCACAACAACCCACCAAAUGUAGCUCCACCACACCACCCCAUUACUCCACCACCCAAUCCAACACCACCUCAUAACAUCCCGUCACCUCCAUUUCCAAAUCCAACACCAUCUCCACCUUACAGCCCACCAAAAGUAGCUCCACCACAUCACCCCGUUAUUCCACCACCACCACCUCCGCCUCCAGCAGUCAAGCCUCCUAAGAUCCCACCACCACCAGCCUUCAAACCUCCGCCACAACCUCAUCCUAUUUCUCCUCCACCCCAUUCAGUUCCACCACCACCACCACCUGGACACCAUUCAACUGUUGUCAUUGUGGUGUUUGUGUCACUUGGGGGUCUAUUCUUUCUUGCAUUCCUCUCUGUCCUCCUAUGUUGCUUCAUUAAGAAGAGAAAGAAGAAAACGGUUCACGAAACUGAGAUCUUAAAGAUUGAUGAACAUGUGAAAGUACAUGAAGCCAUUGUGCCAGGUCCACAUGGUGAACAAACUACAGUUCUAACUGUUGAAGAGGAUCUGCAUAUUGAAGAAGAAAUAAAGAAGGAUGAAAAGGUAAUGAGUAAAGAUUCACAUCUUAAAUCUUCUGGGAAUCAUAAUGCCGCUGCUGAUAUGCCAGAACCUUCUUCUGGGUCAAAUCAUCAACUUCUUGAGAACAAGCUCUGAUUGAACGUUACAUAAAAUGAGUGGCAUAAGAAGAUUGUGUGUUUCCAUGAUAAGUUAAACCCUAUUGGCUACUGAUAAUAAAUAUUUCUUGUUCUUUCAAUCCCCCAAAUGGAUAAUAUUGCUGUCAUGAAAAAACUGUGGAGGCUUUUUUAACAUAUUCACAUUCCUUUGUAAUAGAAAUCCAAGCAAAAGCCAUUGAAUUUAUAACCAAAAAAGAAAAAUAAGCAUAUAUCUUUCUUCUUAUAUUAGAGAAUAUGGACAAUAUGUUUGUC